AUGAAACUAAUAUUUUAUUCAUUCUUGCUUUUCAUAAGUUCUACAUUUGCAUUACAGACACUUCCAGAUUUCAUUGGAAAGACAUAUCAAAGUUACGGUCAUUCUCGAAGUGUUUAUGCAUGUAGAAUGCAUAUUCAUAAAACCGUUAAGGCUUGUUCGGUUGUUGAUAUACAAGAUUAUGGAUGCAUGUGUACAAACAAGGAUGCCAUCAACACAUUUAUUCAGUGCUAUGCCUACUUCCAACAAAAUUCAACAGACGCAAUUAAUUUCUUUGUCAACUAUUGUGAAGCUUUUGGUAAUACCACGAGUGAUAUUGAUCAAAUAACUGAUGCGUAUGAGAAUUACAUCAACACUGGUUCAUACUCUGUCAUCCCUCCUAUAGUCGGAACCAACAAUACUUAUGCUAGUUUAACAGGUACCCCUAGAAAUCAAACAGAAUAUUCACAAUAUGCAUAUGGAUUGGAAGCUUCCAUAGACCAAUUCUUGACCAACUGGCAAAAUUCAUUAUAUUAUGGUAUGGCAAUGAGUUCUUACUGGGGGUUUGUCUUACUAAUUGGUGCUGUUUCUAACUGGUGCCAGUAUUUACUUCCUGGUUUGAUGACUGAUUUGACUGGUCCAAUUUCCAACUGGUGGAGAAAACACAUUACAUUACCAGCUACUUUUGGUACUAAAAAAGCACAAGAAUACACCUUUUUAUUUAAAUUCUUAAAGGGUUACAUGCCGACAAGAAUGGAGUCUAUAUUUACCAGUGGGUUUUGUUUAGUUGUUAUCAUUGUUUUAUCGAUCAACACCUAUUAUUCAGUUGGUAAUGAAGUUAUAUUUACUAAUUAUGUUGCCCAAUUGAGAUAUCUCGCAAAUAGGACUGGAAUCAAUUCAACUAUUCUAAUGCCUUUCCUAGUUUUGUUUGCUGGUAGAAAUAAUGUCUUGCAAUGGAUUACUAGAUGGAACUAUGGUGUUUUUAUGAUGUUUCAUCGUUUCAUUGGAAGAAUGAUUUUCUUGUUUGUUGUUUUGCAUGCUGUUACUUUUAGUAUUGCUUUAGGGGUUGAUUAUUACCCACUUAUGACUUUACCAUUCAUGAUUUGGGGAACUGUGUCUACAGUUGCUGGAGGUAUCAUUAUGGUACAGGCAACUUUGUACUUGAGAAGAAAAUGGUAUGAAACUUUCUUGGUUCUUCAUAUUCUCAUGGCUCUUCUUUUCAUUAUCGGUGGUUGGGUUCAUAUUAAUUAUCUUGGUUACCAGUGGUGGGUGUUUGUUUCUAUUGCACUUUGGGGAAUCGAUAGAAUUAUUAGACUCAUUCGUAUCUUUAAAUUUGGGUUUCCAGAAGCUGACAUCACAGUUAUGGCUGAUGAGACUUUGAAAAUAAAGAUUCCAAGACCCGAUUCUUGGAAGCCUAUUCCCGGAGGUCAUAUUUUCAUUCAUUUUUUGACACCUGCUUUAUUUAUCCAAAGUCAUCCAUUCACUUUUAGUACUUCUGUUGAACAAGAAAACACCAUUGUGCUUUACACCAAAGUUAAACAAGGUGUAACUAGACAUUUAUAUAACAUGUUUGUUAAUCAACCGGGAAGAAACGGGAAAAUCAAGGUUGCAGUCGAAGGUCCAUAUGGUGAAUGUUGUGCUGCAGGUAAAUCACAAACCGCUGUGUUCAUUGCUGGUGGUAAUGGUGUUCCAGGUAUGUUUGCUGAAAUCUAUGAUUUGGCUAAAAGGUGCACCCCAGAUUCAAACAAAAUCUUGAAAUUCUAUUGGACCAUUAGGGAAUAUAGAAGUGUUCAUUGGUUAUAUGAAGAACUCAAUGAAUUAAGAAGAUUCAGUAAUGUCGAAAUCACAAUUUUUGUUACUAAACCAGAAUCCAAUACAUAUAUUGAAGAGUUGAGAACAAGAAUACUCCCUGGAAAAUUUCCUAGUGUUGAUGAUUUUGAUGGAGCCACCACAAGCAGUUGCUUUGAAAAAUAUAACUAUGCUGAUGAUGACAAAUCAACCAUUAACGUAUUAUCUACUGAACUUGGUGGAACUAGAAUGGAUCCUGAAGAUAUUAAAGAUGCCAUCAAGGUUCAACUUCCACAUGUUUAUUUCAGAGAGGGCCGUCCAAAGAUCAAAGAUAUAAUAACAGAAGAAAUAGAAGAUGCUCCAGGUACCAUUGCAUUUGUAACUUGUGGCCAUCCCGCAAUGGUUGAUGAUAUUAGAGCAGAAGUUAUUAAACAUGUUGGUCAACACAGUAAUAAGAGAAUUGAUUUCUACGAACAAUUAAUAGGCUGGGCUUAG